AUGUCUACUCUUGUUGAAUUAGUUUCUAAACUGAAGCUCUAUACAGAGUCUGAAUCACACAAGAAGGUGUAUGAAGUGGCCAAGGAGGUUCUAAAGAAGGACAAUCAAGACUUGAACGCUCUCAAACAAUGCUUAGUUGCUCUUAUCAAUAUGGACAACUAUGAAGAGGCGUUGGCUUUGAUUGAAAAAUAUAAGGCUUUAAUCGCGAAGGACAGCAUUUCCGACAAACUUCUACUUUUGGAAAGGGCAUACAUAUACUACAAGACCAACAAGGGUGAAGAGUUAGAGAAGUUAAUUCCACUGGGUGAGAACAUUAGAGGAUUUCAGCACGUUCUUGCUCAAUACUACUAUAGGUCUGGAGAAAGUGCAAAAGCAUUGAAGUUAUAUGAACAACUUCUUUCAAGUCCGGAAGGUGAAGAAUCAGACCUGUCUGUCAACAAACGUGCAGUUCAAUCGCAGUUGAAGUACCAGGAUAGUUCUCGUGUGAUAAAUAUUAGUGGAGAUGACUUGGAGGGAUCCUAUGAUCUCAUGUCGAACGAUGCCCUAGUGAAAGUUAGGGAGGAGAAAUAUGAUGAAGCACUUUCUUUGCUUAAAACUGCACUUUCUACUGCACAGGAGAAUCUUAAGGACUACGAGGAGGAUUCAAAAUUCUCGGAAAUUGCUCCAAUAGAGGUUCAGAUAGCAUAUAUCAAACAGCUUAUGGGUGAUAAUGACGGGGCGGAUGAAAUACUAUCGAAGUUUGAUUUGGCUAAUGUUAAAGACAACGCUCUCAAGCUUCUCAUCUCCAACAAUCUUGCAUCAUUAAGAGCAGACUCAAAUUCUAAUCCUGCUUUACUAUAUCGAGAGCUGGGGCUUCCUUCUUCUUUGCACAACAUCAUUGAUAGACUUACAAUUCCUCAGAUACGUGGCUUGCAACGAAACGAGUUUUUGCUAGCGCAGGCAGCCGGAAAGGAUUUGUCAGAUGCUGCUGAAAGACACUUCAAGAGUCAACAAGGCUCCUUUUUGGGUAAAGCUUUAGUCACUUUAGGACAUAUUGGUGUUGACUUACGUGAUCUGAAGUACGAAAAAAAUGAUAAGAAAGUCUUUAGAUACUCCUUAAAGCAUCCCGAGGACUUACCAUUUGCAUUGCUUGCAGCACAGAUCUGCAUAACGUUUGGCAAUUUGCAGAAUGCAGCAUCCGUUUUAGAGAAUGCGGUCAAUCAUGACAGAAGCGCAUUGAUCAACCGUGAAUCAAUCGCCGUUACACCUUUACUUUAUUAUGUUUAUGAGAAACUCGAGAGACGGAAGUCAAUUUUUGCUCUUUUAAACGAAGUGUACGAGGCAAUUUCCAGCAAUGAGUCUCUCAAAGACACGGAACAGCUGAAACUUGCAGAAUUUGUUGCCUUUCAGUUGCUGUCUGUUGAUAGUGAAAAAAGCAGACAGCUCUUUGAGCAGGUUGCCAAAGCUGAAAACGAAAAUGAGGGUGUUUACGAGCAGAGCAGUUUGGUGAAGGCCAUUAUUAGAAACGAUACAAGUCAGCUACCAGAGGUGGAGUCAUUGACACAAGGAGUUGAUGUGGAUGCCUUGCUUGAUCAGGGAUUAAGCCCUCUUUUAUCUUCGAGUUCUAAGAUUUUCUUGGCUGGAAGGAAGAGUGCCAUCAACUCCAAUCGUAAGGCUGCCAAACACAGAAGACACAGGGAGAAACCUAGAAGACUUCCGAAGAAUACUAUCGGAAAUAUCGAUGAAGAGAGAUGGCUUCCUUUGAAGGAUAGAUCAUACUACAGGUCAAAGAAGGGUAAGUCAUCCAAUAAAACACAAGGUGGUGUUGCUGAUGAAUCGUUGAAUGUCAACAACCAGACAAAAGAGCCCGAACAACCAGCUAAGAAAGGCAGUGGAGGAAAGAGAAGAAAGAAUAAAAAGAAGAACAAGGGUAGGAGAUGA